ACUGAAUUUAUUGCUAAUAUUGUUCAGGAAACAGUCAUUUUACAAGAAGAUGGAAAAGAUACUUCUAAAUACAAUCCCAUAAAACUUACCAUGAAACAAGGUUUGUUAAUGAACCAAGUUUUAGGAUUUUAUGCUUUAAAAAAGAGUAAAAAUGAUGAAUGUGUUCAACACUCCUUAGAGUUUAAUAAAGCUCUCAGAGCUUUUGAACCGUGGGCCUUAAAAAUGUUUGAUUCAUCAUCAAAGCUGCAGUCUGGAAUUUUAUUGGGCAAUUUAUUUGAAUUUGGAUCAUACUUACAAUGUUUAGAAAUUUUUGCCAACACCGAAAGUGGACCGAUAUUUGGAAAACAUUGCACCAUCAAAAUAACCCCCAGUAUAUCACUAAUAGAAAAAAUUGUGGAAUUCAGAAAUGUAUCCAAAAAAAGAUUUUCAAUAGUUGAAGAACUGGUUGAGAAGGCAAAAUUGAGGUGGUCAAUAUGCGUACCUCACAGUUGUCCAACUGAAGAUAUACUCGAACAUUUUGAAAAAGGAAUAAUGGAAAUGGCAACUGGAUUGGAACUGAAAGUAACUCUGGACUCAAACUAUUGCAAUACUGUUUUUGACAAACCUCAAAUGGGAAGAAUACAAUACAUCGUUCUAGCAAUUUUGGGUACGUUUGUUAUUAUUGCCUUAAUAACAGCAUACCUAGACUACACAUCGGUAGACGUAGAAAAACAUUCGUUCAUUAAAACGUUCUCCGCAUACUCGAACUACAAAAGGAUCAUCAGUAAAGGAAUAAUACAGCCCGAAUUCAAUUUUAUCCAUGGUCUACGAUUUUUGAGUACCUGCUAUGUAAUUUUGGGCCACAGAUACAUUAUGUUCAUGAUUGAUCCCACUAUCAACAGCUUAAGUGUCUUGGAUUGGAUUUUGGAGUACCCCAGCUCCUUGAUCCUCGGCAGUACCGUCAGCGUGGACUCCUUUUUCAUGAUAAGCGGAAUGUUGUUGGGCAUGGGAUUCUUCGACCAAGUAACUAAAACCGGCCAAUUUAACCUGUGGCUCUUUUACAUUCACAGAUACUUAAGGAUUACGUCGCCUCUAGCCAUUUCGGUGCUGAUUUGGUGCACCCUGGUUCAGUUUUUAGGUGACGGGACGCUCAUGUAUGAUGUUUACGUAAAUCACCAGCAGAAUUGUCAGUUAUUUUGGUGGUCCACGUUGCUACACGUACAGAGCUACAUUAAUCCGGGACUCUGGUGUAACUAUCCGACUUGGUACUUGUCGUGUGAGAUGCCGUUUUAUUAUUUUUCCCCAAUUUUGCUGUAUCCUUUAUGGAAGUGGCCAGUUUUGGGAGUAAUUAACUGUGUGGUGUUUUACUGGAUAUUUUUUGCAGUGGGCUUCUAUUUGGCUUGGGCCAAUGAGUAUUCAGGAGAUAUGUUACCCAUAACAGACCAUUUAUUGGUGACAGACUACUUCAAGUAUUAUUACACUCAACCUCACGUCCGAAUUCCACCCUACAUCAUAGGAAUUGGUCUGGGAUACUUUAUAUUUAAAACCAAGGGUGUAAAAAUUGAAAUCUCAAAACCACUUAAUUUAUGUUUGUGGACUGCCUCUCUUGUAAUUAUGAUUGCAACGAUUUUGGGCAGUAGAGUGUUUCAGCUUGAAAGUCACGUCUACAAUGUUUGGGAAUCUGCAAGUUACUUAACCUUUGCAAGAUCUGCCUGGACGGUUUGUUUAGCUUGGGUUGUUUGGGCAUGUUUGAAUGGAUAUGGGGGAAUUGUAGAACAUUUUCUGUCUUCACACAUGUUUAGAAUAUUUAGCAGAAUAUCUUAUUCAAUGUUUCUGUUUCACACAAUUAUUCAAUUAUCCAUGGGUGGAAAUAUGAAAGUGUCAACCUAUUUUUCCAAUUUUAAUGCAGUUUAUUAUGCAGUUGCUGAUAUCACCAUCGUAUCAAUAUUUGGGUUUCUAUUCACCAUAUUUUUCGAAAUCCCCAUGAACUCAGCUGCAUCGAUGAUGUUUAAUCCGAAAAGGGCCAAAAAAUCUGUAAAACCAAUGCCCAUCAAUAAAUAAAAAAGUGAGUUCACACCAAUGUAAUAUUUAGUCCAGAAAAUAUUUUCUGUAGUUCCUUUGAAUAAAGAUAGCGAAGCAUA